CGCGCGCGCAGGAGAGCGCAGAGUUUGAAAGUCGGUGGGAAGCUGGAGCCCAGGCGAGGGGUGGAGGAAGAGGGGGUGCCAGCGAGGAAAACCCGCCUCUAGAGAGUUGAGCGAGGAAGAGGGGCGGAAAGAAGCUGAGUUCCGCUUCCUGAGCGGCGGUGGAGAGAGAGGUCGGCGUGGGGAAGCCAGCGGCCCGCGCGCUCGGGGCCGGCAAUGGCCGGCGAGCGGACCCGCAGGUUCACCCGCAGCCUGCUGAGACCCGGGCAGGCGGCCGAGCUCAGGCACAGCGCCGCCUCCGCCGCCGCGGUGGCCGUCAGCAAUCGGCAGCAGCAUCGGCAGGAAAAGCCGAGGCUCCUGGAGCCCUUGGAUUAUGAAACUGUUGUUGAAGAACUCGAGAAGACCUAUGGGAACGAUUCUCUUCGAGAGCUCCUGUUCUUUCCCAGUGACGACUUUUCAACAGCCUCUGUGUCCUGGAAUAUCCGAACAUUGUAUUCAACAGUGCCUGAAGAUGCAGAGAGCAAAGCAGAAAGUUUACUGGUGAAAGAGGCUUGUAAAUUUUAUAGUUCCCAGUGGUAUGUGGUAAACUACAAAUAUGAACAGUAUUCUGGAGACAUUCGACAGUUACCUCGAGCAGAAUACAAACCAGAGAAACUGCCUUCACAUUCCUUUGAGGUGGACCAUGAAGAUGCCGAUAAAGAUGAAGAUACAACAUCCCACUCAUCUUCCAAGGGCGGUGGAGGCACAGGAGGAACCGGCGUGUUCAAGUCUGGCUGGCUCUACAAAGGGAAUUUUAAUAGCACCGUGAAUAAUACCGUCACUGUUCAGUCUUUCAAAAAGCGCUACUUCCAGCUGACACAAUUGCCAGACAACUGCUAUAUCAUGAAUUUUUACAAAGAUGAAAAAAUAUCCAAAGAGCCCAAAGGCUGCAUCUUUUUGGAUUCAUGUACAAGUGUGGUGCAGAAUAACAGACUAAGAAAAUAUGCCUUUGAGUUGAAAAUGAAUGCCAUGACCUAUUUUGUGCUGGCAGCGGAAACCGAGCUGGAUAUGGACGAAUGGAUCCACACCCUCAACCGCAUCCUGCAAAUCAGUCCCGAGGGGACCCUGCAGGGGAGGAGGAGCACAGAGCUCACUGAUCUGGGGCUGGAUCCUCUGGAGAAUUCUGUAGAUUGUGAGUGCACGCUGGAGGAAACAGAGUCUUCGGAGAACAGCCUACACCCUGACUUUGCAAAAUACCUCACAGAAACUGAAGAAGCUAUCAGAAUGACUCGGAACAUGGAGAGAUUAAAUCUGUUCUCACUGGAUCCAGAUAUAGAUACCUUGAAACUUCAGAAAAAGGAUAUUUUAAAACCAGAGUCUGUGAUCAAACCAUUUGAAGAAAAAGCUGCCAAAAGAAUCAUGAUCAUCUGCAAAGCUCUCAAUUUCAAUCUUCAGGGAUGUGUUACGGAGAAUGAAAAUGAUCCCUUAACGAAUAUUGAGCCUUUUUUUGUGAGUGUGGCACUUUAUGACCUCAGAGACAACAGGAAAAUUUCUGCAGAUUUUCAUGUGGAUCUAAACCAUACUGCUGUCCGACAGAUGAUUUCAGGGGGUUCCAUGGCUUUGGAAAAUGGCAACAUUGACACCGUCACUCCUAGACAAUUGGAAGAACCGCGUGUCAAGGGGUUUCCAGAGGAAUGGCUCAAAUUUCCAAAGCAGGCUAUAUUUUCCAUAAGCAAUCCACACUCUGAAAUUGUUUUGGUGGCCAAAAUUGAAAAAGUACUAAUGGGAAACAUUGCAAGUGGUGCUGAACCAUAUAUUAAGAACCCAGACUCCAACAAGUGUGCACAAAAGAUACUAAAAUCUAACCGACAGUUUUGCAGUAAAUUGGGAACAUACCGCAUGCCAUUCGCCUGGGCCGUGAGAUCAGUGUUUAAGGACAAUGAGGGAAAUGUGGACAGAGAUUCAAGAUUUUCGCCAUUAUAUAGACAAGAAAGUAAUAAGAUAUCAACUGAAGACCUACUUAAACUAGUGUUUGAUUACAGAAGGGCCGAAAGAAUAAACAAAUUGCAGACCAUACCUGGAGGCCUGGACAUUGCUGUUGAUAACGUCCCUUUGGAGCAUCCAAACUGUGUAACAUCGUCCUUUAUCCCUGUCAAGCCUUUCAAUGCCAUGGCUCAGCUGGAACCCACAGUGGAGGUGGAAGAAUUUGUUCACGACUCCACCAAGUAUUGCCGUCCUUACAGAGUCUACAAAAAUCACGUUUACAUUUACCCCAGGCACCUCAAGUAUGACAGCCAGAAAUGCUUCAGUAAGGCACGAAACAUAACUGUGUGCAUUGAAUUCAAAAACUCGGAUGAAGAAGGUGCCAAACCAAUAAAGUGUAUUUAUGGAAAACCUGGAGGGCCCCUCUUCACCUCAGCCGCCUACACAGCAGUUCUGCACCAUUCUCAGAAUCCAGAUUUCUCUGAUGAGGUGAAAAUUGAGCUUCCAACACAAAUCCACGAGCAACACCAUAUUUUGUUUUCUUUUUAUCACAUCACCUGUGACAUAAACACAAAAGCUAACACCAAAAAGAAGGAGGCUCUGGAAACAUCAGUCGGAUAUGCUUGGAUUCCUCUGAAGAAGCAUGAUCAGAUAGCCUCUCAAGAGUAUAACAUCCCAGUAGCAACAAGUCUGCCUCCUAAUUACUUAAGCUUUCAAGAUUCUGCAAGUGGAAAGCACGGUAUGGGUGACAUUAAAUGGGUUGAUGGUGGCAAACCACUUUUCAAAGUAUCAACAUUUGUUGUGUCAACCGUGAACACACAGGAUCCACAUGUGAACGCAUUUUUUAAACAGUGCCAAAAAAGAGAGAAAGAUCUGUCUCAGUCCCCUACCUCAAAUUUCAUCCGCUCUUGUAAGAAUUUACUGAAUGUGGAAAAGAUUCAUGCAAUCAUGAGUUUUCUGCCGAUAAUCUUGAAUCAGCUCUUCAAGGUCCUGGUAGAGAAUGAGGAAGAUGAAAUAAGUACACCCGUGACCAGGGUUCUGACCGACAUUGUGGCCAAGUGCCAUGAAGAACAGCUAGACCAUUCGGUCCAGUCAUACAUAAAGUUCGUGUUCAAAACCAGGACAUACAAGGAGAGAACCAUACAUGAGGAACUGGCUAAAAAUGUGACUGGUCUUUUGAAAUCAAAUGACUCAACAGCAGUAAAACAUGUUCUGAAGCAUUCCUGGUUCUUCUUUGCAAUUAUCCUAAAAUCAAUGGCACAGCACUUGAUCGACACAAAUAAAAUUCAGCUUUCACGCGCUCAAAGAUUUCCUGAAUCUUACCACCAGGAAUUGGACACUCUUGUAAUGGUCCUAUCUGACCAUGUGAUUUGGAAAUACAAAGAUGCAAUUGACGAAACAAGAAGAGCAAACCAUAGUGUUGCCAGAUUUCUUAAGCGCUGCUUUACGUUUAUGGACCGUGGAUUUGUGUUUAAGAUAGUGAACAAUUACAUCAGCAUGUUCUCCUCAGGUGAUCUCAAGACUCUGUGCCAGUAUAAAUUUGACUUUCUGCAAGAAGUAUGUCAACACGAACAUUUUAUCCCUCUGUGUCUGCCCAUACAUUCAGCAAACAUACCAGAUCCUCUGACACCUUCAGAAUCAACUCAAGAAUUACAUGCAUCAGAAAUGCCUGAAUAUUCAGUCACAAAUGAAUUUUGCCGCAAACACUUCCUAAUUGGAAUUCUGCUUCGAGAAGUUGGCUUUGCUCUGCAGGAAGACCAAGAUAUCAGGCACUUAGCCUUAGCUGUCCUAAAAAAUCUUAUGGCUAAGCAUUCAUUUGAUGAUCGAUACAGAGAACCAGAAAAGCAGGCCCAGAUAGCAAGUUUAUAUAUGCCCCUCUAUGGCAUGCUUCUGGACAAUAUGCCAAGAAUUUACCUGAAGGACCUGUAUCCUUUUACCAUUAAUACAUCGAAUCAGGGAUCUAGAGAUGAUCUUAGCACCAAUGGAGGAUUCCAACCCCAGCCAUCUAUGAAGCACGCAAACUCUGUGGAUACAUCAUUCUCUAAAGAUGUUUUAAAUUCCAUAGCAGCAUUUUCAUCAAUAGCUAUUUCUACAGUAAACCAUGCUGACUCCAGAGCAUCAUUAGCAAGUAUUGACUCCAAUCCAAGUACCAAUGAAAAGAGCAGUGAGAAGAUAGACAACUGUGAAAAGAUCCCAAGACCCUUGUCUUUGAUAGGCUCAACUCUCCGAUUUGACAAAUUAGAUCAAGCAGAAACCCGGAGUCUUCUUAUGUGUUUUCUUCACAUUAUUAAAACGAUUUCAGAGGAGACUCUAAUUGCCUACUGGCAAAGAGCCCCCAGCCCAGAGGUGUCUGACUUCUUCAGCAUCUUAGAUGUGUGUCUUCAAAAUUUCAGAUACUUAGGAAAACGCAAUAUAUUAAGAAAAAUUGCAGCUGCAUUUAAAUUUGUACAAUCCACCCAGAAUAAUGGAACUCUUAAAGGAUCAAAUCCUUCCUGCCAGACGUCAGGUCUCUUGUCACAAUGGAUGCAUACCACUGCCAGCCAUGAAGGACAUAAGCAACACCGAUCACAGACUUUACCUAUAAUUCGUGGCAAAAAUGCACUUUCUAACCCCAAACUCUUACAGAUGUUAGACAAUACCACGAACAGCAACUCCAAUGAAAUAGACAUCGCGCACCACAUGAACACUGAGGCCAAUAUAGCUACAGAAGUUUGCCUCACUAUUCUAGACCUGCUUUCUCUCUUCACCCAGACCCACCAGAGGCAACUACAACAAUCUGACUGUCAGAAUUCGUUGAUGAAAAGGGUCUUUGAUAUCUACAUGCUCUUUUUCCAAGUCAACCAAUCAACUGCGGCACUGAAACACGUGUUUGCCUCCUUGAGACUGUUUGUUUGCAAGUUUCCAUCAGCGUUCUUUCAAGGGCCAGCGGACCUCUGUGGAUCAUUCUGCUAUGAAGUCCUAAAAUGCUGUAACCACAGGUCACGGUCAACUCAGAUGGAGGCCUCAGCACUUCUGUAUUUCUUCAUGAGGAAGAAUUUUGAGUUCAACAAGCAGAAGUCCAUUGUCCGGUCCCACUUACAACUCAUCAAGGCUGUAAGCCAGCUAAUAGCUGAUGCUGGUAUUGGAGGAUCUCGGUUUCAACAUUCCCUAGCAAUUACUAAUAAUUUUGCUAAUGGCGACAAGCAAAUGAAAAACAGCAAUUUCCCAGCAGAAGUAAAAGACCUGACGAAACGUAUCAGGACUGUUUUGAUGGCCACGGCUCAGAUGAAGGAGCAUGAAAAAGACCCUGAGAUGCUGGUGGAUCUCCAAUACAGCCUGGCCAACUCCUAUGCCAGCACCCCUGAGCUCCGGAGGACUUGGCUGGAGAGCAUGGCUAAGGUUCAUGCGAGAAAUGGAGACUUAUCAGAGGCUGCUAUGUGUUACAUCCAUAUAGCUGCCCUCAUCGCAGAAUACCUGAAAAGAAAGGGUUACUGGAAAAUGGAUCAGAUCUGCGCGCCAUCCCUGCUCCUGGAGGAUGCCCACCUCUGUGAUAGCAACCCAUUACUAACAACUCCCGUUGGAGGAAGUAUGUUCUCCAUGGGCUGGCCAGCUUUCCUGAGCAUUACACCAAAUAUAAAAGAAGAAGGAGCAAUGAAAGAAGAUUCAGGAAUGCAAGAUACACCUUAUAACGAGCAUAUUCUGGUGGAACAGCUGUACAUGUGUGUGGAAUUCCUUUGGAAGUCUGAGAGAUACGAACUCAUUGCUGAUGUCAACAAACCCAUCAUCGCUGUCUUCGAGAAGCAAAGAGAUUUCAAAAAAUUAUCAGAUCUCUACUAUGACAUCCAUCGAUCAUAUCUAAAAGUUGCAGAGGUGGUGAACUCAGAGAAACGACUAUUUGGUCGCUACUAUCGUGUGGCGUUUUAUGGGCAGGGAUUUUUUGAAGAAGAAGAAGGCAAGGAGUAUAUUUAUAAAGAGCCGAAGCUCACUGGUCUGUCUGAGAUUUCCCAAAGGUUGCUUAAACUCUAUGCAGACAAAUUCGGAGCUGACAAUGUGAAGAUCAUCCAGGAUUCUAACAAGGUCAACCCCAAGGAUUUGGAUCCAAAGUAUGCCUACAUCCAAGUAACCUACGUCACACCAUUCUUUGAGGAAAAGGAAAUAGAGGACCGGAAGACAGAUUUUGAAACGCAUCACAACAUCAACCGCUUUGUCUUUGAGACGCCCUUUACCUUGUCGGGCAAGAAGCAUGGCGGAGUGGAGGAGCAGUGUAAGCGGAGGACCAUCCUCACAACGAGUCACUUGUUUCCCUAUGUGAAGAAGAGGAUACAAGUCAUAAGCCAUUCAAGCACAGAACUGAAUCCUAUUGAAGUGGCCAUUGAUGAGAUGUCCAAGAAGGUCUCUGAGCUCAAUCAGCUCUGCACCAUGGACGAAGUGGACAUGAUCAGACUGCAGCUCAAACUCCAGGGGAGCGUCAGCGUGAAGAUUAACGCUGGACCAAUGGCCUAUGCACGAGCUUUUCUUGAAGAAACCAAUGCGAAGAAAUAUCCUGACAACCAAGUAAAGCUUUUGAAGGAAAUCUUCAGACAAUUUGCAGAUGCGUGUGGGCAGGCCCUGGAUGUGAAUGAGCGUCUAAUCAAGGAGGACCAGUUGGAGUAUCAGGAAGAAUUGAGGUCCCACUAUAAGGACAUGCUCAGUGAACUCUCUGCAGUCAUGAAUGAGCAGCUCUGUUGUGGUCCAUGUUUAUACAGCUUCUGCUCCUCUGUGUCUAGCAUUUCCCUCAGUACUGUAAGCAGAACCGAUUACGUACAGGGAAGACCCGUCAAAGCGCGUAGUGGAGCGAACCUGUACUCGAGUAAUUAACAAGGCCACCCCGACCCUGCCUGCUGUCUCCGUCUCAUCGAGCACUGAGGUUUGACUUCAGCUCUCCACACGCCUCUCAGAGAACUCCGGACUCACAGCUACUCUCAUGGAAGAGAAAGAUGGAUUUAAUUUAUUUGAAGUUUUUAUGGUGUU